AUGCUUUAUCGGUUGAUCGCCUUUUCCCAGAUAGCUUUCACAUUGAUUAAUCUUUUCUGUGUUAUUUUUGAUACCACAUUACUAUGGUGUGUGAUAAAACAGCGAUGCUCAUUAUCCCGAAGCUCUGGUCCAUUCGUUUAUAUUGUAUUCUUUACUGGAUUUGGGAUUAUCGAGAAAGUUAAUAACUUUAUAAUGGUUGAUGCGUGGCCAAUUUCUGAAUGGUGGAGUCCCAAUGGAGGCUAUGAGAAAUAUCGUCAGUUAAUCGGAUCUAAUGUAACUUUGGUAUUUCUAAUUUGCUACUUGACACCGUUAUUUCUCGAUUGGAUAAUAACACUUCACCGUAUCUCAAUAUUCUUAUCUCCAUUACGAUCCAAGAUUUGGUUCAACGACAAGAAUGUUUCAAUUUAUUGCGUUAUAGUUUCAAUUCUGGUAAUUAUUUGGCUUCUCGUCCAACAAUUAUCCUCAUGCACAUUGAAUUUCAAUGCGCUUACAAGUUUUCUGGAAUCAGCGUGUGCUCCAGACAGACAUCCAAUAACUUGGUUUCAGAAUAAGUUCCUUAUAUAUGUUCCAAUUUUUUCAAUGGUUGUUAAUGCGAGCAUGCUCUUUUUCCAACGAAUUUCUCGGAAAGUAUCAACGAGUGCAGCGUUAGCAAAAUCGAUUUCCGAGAGCCAAAUAAAGAGAGAAAAUGCGUUGAUACGACAGGCAAUGUUCAUUGGGGCAUAUUUGAGUAUAUAUGAGAUUCUGUAUCUUCAAAUAAGACUCUAUCCAGAAUCGUUCAACUCAGCGCCCUUUGAAUUCCAAACCAUCACGUACAGUUUGCGACUUUUAGCAGUUGGCUCUUUGAAUUUCUGCGUUUAUUUUGUGCUCACUAAGUCUACAAGAGCAAUGGUUUUGAAAUUUCUUGGAUAUAAAACUCAAACACGAGCCCCAACGGUUAGCCAAACCGCAAAAUGUCAUCCAUAAUCAUUUUUCUUGUAAAAUAAAACUUUCUGAUCUCA